GCCUUGGUUAGGGUAACCCCUUUAAUGAUGCAGUUUUUCCCAAAUGUCUGUUUUGGCAGUUUAUUUAUUGAGCUACAAAACGUCAGAUUGCAUUAAAAGGUGUUUUUGUUUGGCAUGGCAUACUGCUGAGGUCAUUCAGUAUCAUUUCAUCUUCAGGCUCGAUAUCAUAUCAAACCGCUUCCUCCUGCAAACAUCUUUCAAGAGUGCGAGCUGGAGGCAGGCGGGACCCAGGAUGCGCUGCUUUUGUUUUGCAAACAGGUUUGACAAGCAUUUUCGUCUGUCGGAAUAUAGAUGGCAAUACAUCACAUCAUGAUCAUCCUUAUGCAGUUUGAUGCAUUUUUUUUUUCUGCCAUAAACCUGCAAUUCUGAUGUACUGUUUUAAGGAGUGUAUAUUUUACCACAAUAACAAGCCCGCCCCUAACACUCAUCCCUCGAUUGGCGUGUUUACGGACAGCAGCAGUAGCGGAGCGGUGCUUUGACGUCAGGGGGGUUGAUAAGCGUGCUUGCCUGCCUGCCUGCCUGCUUCAGUCCAGUGAAAUCGCCUUUGCCGUUGAGCUGAGUUUGCAGAGACGGUCUGCAGCGCAAACCUCCGAGAGCAGCUGAGAGCCUUCAUUGCCCGACGGAAACCAUGGCAACAGCUAUGGCAGAGGCUGAGAUGCGUCAGAAACUGCUACGCACUGUCAAAAAGGAGGUGAAGCAGAUCAUGGAGGAGGCAGUGACUCGGAAGUUUGUGCACGAGGACAGCAGCCACAUUGUUUCAUUCUGCGCUGCGGUGGAAGCGUGUGUGUUGCACGGACUGAAGCGCCGGGCUGCCGGGUUCCUCCGCAGCAACAAGAUCGCAGCGCUGUUCACGAAGGUGGGGAAGAGCUUCCCUCUGGCUGACGAACUCUGCAGGAAGGCACAAGAGCUGGAGCAGAUCAUCGAGAGCAAGAGGAACCAGAUCCCCUUGAAUCCUGAUAGUACUCGGAAGCUGCAGAAACUGCCCAGCGUGUCUCCCCAGGUCAUCAAGCAUCUAUGGAUCCGCACAGCCCUCAUCGAAAAAGUUCUGGACAAGAUCGUCCACUACCUAGUGGAGAACAGCAGUAAGUUCUAUGAGAGGGAGGCUGUGCUGAUGGACCCAGUGGACGGACCAAUACUUGCAUCCUUGCUGGUGGGUCCCUGUGCCCUGGAGUACACCAAGAUGAAGACAGCGGAUCACUUCUGGACAGACCCCUCUGCAGACGAGCUGGUCCAGAGGCACCGCAUUCACAGCGGGCAUUGCCGGCAGGACUCUCCCACCAAGCGCCCUGCUCUCUGUAUCCAGAAGAGGCACUCCAGCGGUAGUAUGGAUGACCGUCUCUCCCCCUCAGCCCGUGACUAUGUGGAGUCCCUGCACCAGAACUCCAGGGCCACGCUGCUCUUUGGCAAGAACAACGUCCUGGUGCAGCCGAAGGAUGAUAUGGAAGCCAUUCCGGGGUACCUGUCUCUCCACCAGACUGCAGACAUCAUGACCCUGAAGUGGACACCCAACCAGCUGAUGAACGGCUCUGUGGGAGAUUUAGACUAUGAGAAGAGUGUUUACUGGGACUAUGCCAUGACCAUCCGUCUGGAAGAGAUUGUGUAUUUGCACUGUCACCAGCUUGUGGACAGCGGUGGGACAGUGGUGCUGGUGAGUCAGGAUGGGAUCCAGCGGCCCCCCCUGCGAUUCCCGAAGGGGGGACACCUCCUGCAGUUCCUGUCCUGCCUGGAGAACGGGCUCCUGCCUCGUGGACAACUUGACCCUCCGCUCUGGUCUCAGCGGGGAAAGGGGAAGGUUUUCCCGAAGCUGCGAAACAGAAGUCCGCAUGGAUCCCCGGAGUCUGUGUCCGACAAGGAGGAAGAGGAAGCCACGGACUACGUGUUCAGGAUCCUCUUCCCAGGCAGCCAGUCCGAGUUUGUAUCGCAGGACCUCAUGGACCAGGGGGCAGCCCUGUGGCACCCCACUGCCAGGAAGUCCUCCUGCUCUUCCUGUUCCCAAAAUGGCUCCUCAGACGCAGGACCUCCUAACGGCUGCAACCAUGAGCGGGCCCCUCUGAAGUUGCUGUGUGACAACAUGAAGUAUCAGAUCAUUUCCAGGGCUUUCUACGGCUGGCUUGCGUAUUGCCGUCACAUGUCCACUGUGCGCACGCACCUGUCCGCGCUGGUGAACCACACCAUUGUGGACCGGGACGUCCCACACGAGGCCAGCGGGGGGCUGACGGCAGAGGUGUGGCAGAAAUACCUCCAGGACUGUAAGGUUUAUGAGGAGCAGGAGCUGCUGCGGCUGGUUUACUUUGGAGGGGUGGAACCCACAAUCCGCAGGGAGGUGUGGCCCUUCUUGCUGGGGCACUACCAGUUCGGGAUGUCGGAGAAUGACCGGAAAGAGGUAGAUGACCAGAUGCGUGCCUGCUAUGAGCAGACGAUGAGCGAGUGGCUGGGCUGCGAGGCGAUCGUUCGCCAGCGGGAGAAGGAGCAGCAUGCCGCUGCCCUCGCCAAGUGCUCCUCGGGAGCCAGUCUGGACAGCACGAUGCAGAAGAUGAUGCACCAUGACUCCACCGUCAGCAACGAGUCUUCCCAGAGCUGCAGCUCGGACAGACAGAGCCAUGUGCGGCUGCAGAGUGACUCCAGCAGCAGCACACAGGUGUUCGAGUCUGCGGAGGAGAUGGAGCAGAUAGAGACGGAGGUGAGGGCCGAGGAGAGCGUCAAGGCAGCCAAACGUCCCAAUGGAGCCGUCCCCAAUGGAACCUGCUCUCCUGAUUCCGGACACCCUUCCUCCCGGAACUUCUCCAUCACCUCCGGAUUCUCCGACCGCAGCUUCAGCACCGAGGACAGUGGCGCCGGCACCGAGUCUGCAGUUAAAACAUCUGGACAGCAGCCUCCACAAGCACCGACCAAACAGAAGCAAGAGGGAGCCAGCCCCAGCAAGAAGACUCCAGUUCAGGGCACAGAAGAUGCCGCUCGGGGUCAGGCGACUGAAGAGACCGUCCCUCCCGUCUCCAAAGGGGCUGCUGAGGAGACCCGGUCAGCUGAGGACAGUCUGACCACCAACGCGAGCUCGGAGGAUCUUCUGUCCGCCACUGAGCUGCUCUCAGAGGAGGGGCCUCUCCCGGGGGUGGUGGCGGGGCUACCUGUGCUGGAAAUGCAUUUGGACGAGGAGGCUGAGAAGCAGAGCCUGGUGGGCAGCGAGGACAACCUUUCUGAGGAGCCUGAAAUGGAGAGCCUGUUCCCCCAGUUUGUCUCGCUGGCUGUGGGAGCGGAGGGUAAAACCGAAGCGACGUCCCCCGUCACUUCCAUCGGGGUCACCUACUCUCAAGAGCUGCUGGACAUGUACACAAUCAACCUGCACCGUAUCGAGAAAGACGUGCAGAGGUGUGACCGAAACUACUGGUACUUCACUCCUGCCAAUCUGGAGAAACUGCGCAACAUCAUGUGCAGCUACAUCUGGCAGCACCUGGAGAUCGGGUAUGUGCAAGGCAUGUGCGACCUGUUAGCUCCCCUGCUGGUCAUUCUCGAUGACGAGGCAAUGGCCUUCAGCUGCUUCACAGAGCUCAUGAAGAGGAUGAACCACAACUUCCCUCACGGCGGAGCCAUGGAUACACACUUCGCCAACAUGCGCUCCCUCAUCCAGAUCCUGGACUCCGAGCUCUUUGAGCUGAUGCACCAGAAUGGGGAUUACACACAUUUCUAUUUCUGCUACCGCUGGUUCCUUCUGGACUUCAAACGAGAGCUGGUGUACGAUGAUGUGUUCUCAGUGUGGGAGACUAUCUGGGCUGCGAAGCACACGUCAUCGACCCACUUCGUGCUCUUCAUCGCUCUGGCAAUGGUGGAAAUGUACAGAGACAUCAUCCUGGAAAACAACAUGGACUUCACCGACAUCAUCAAGUUCUUCAACGAAAUGGCUGAACACCACAAUAGCAAGCGUGUGCUGACGUUGGCACGGGACCUGGUCUACAAAGUGCAGACGCUCAUCGAGAACAAGUGAAGGGAGCGCUCGACCACGAAGCUCUACAAACACACUCAUGAUCACAUCCUUCAUCCUCACACCAGCUUCUCUCGUUCUGUUCACUGUCAGUGCGCCAGCGUCACAGGCCACAGUAACGGAUUGCUUGUAUAAAUCAGGAAGAACCAGGUUUAGCCACCUCUGCUGUUAUACAUUUUACUGCAACACUGUGUCGCUGAACAUCCAGUAAGUGAGAGCUAGGGACCUUCAGUGGAGCCUGUUUUAUAUCAAUCAGGUUUCUAUGAGUAUCGCAUGGGGGUUUUUUUUAUAGAGAACUCCUCCCCUGUUCAGCAGAGCUGCAGAUUUGAGGGGGGGGAGAAGGACUGUGGAUGAGACUGCAUGUCGAGCGACUCUUUCAGUUGCUUCCGCUGUCCUCAGAUUGCAGUUCAUGAACAGUCCUGGAUGUUCUUUGUUGUUCAGUUUGAAACGACAUUAGUUCAUUGUUUCAGUGGUUACCCACCAAGAUAGAGUUUAGGAUUUCACCAUUGACAACACUUGUGGCAAUACCUGAGUGCUAUAUAGUGCGUUUGUAUUUUAUUUGUAUAAGGUGGGUGUGUGUUUCCUUAGAGGAUAAUAUCAUCUAGUGGUGAUACUAAACUUUACACACAAGAAUAAAGACUUUCUGCACACACGUAACUACGCCAUGCCGUUGUGUGGAGUGCACAGCGGUGAUUUGAGUGUGGUGCGCCGAAUCUGGAAAAUUCUGUUCUCUAUUCCCAUACGCAUCUCGGGUUUUAUGUGUCGUUCAUCGCAACAUUGUAACAAUUUUGUAAAAGCAGACACGCAAGCAGGUUCAUAUUAUCUUCUAAUGAAGCACAUACUCUUACCCCAGCUUCACACAAAGGUAAUUGUUGUGUUGAGGUAACAGUGACUCUUCAGCUGGAUUUAUGUGUGCUAAACAGAGGUGCCACUGGACAUAUGAGAGGAGGUUGGGGAGCUCAGUUUAAUGUAUAUCAAUGGAAAUGUCCGUGAAAUCGAAAUGAAAAGUAGCAGAAGCGAUUCUGUAAAUCCCACAAAUGAAACCACUGUUUUUAAUAAAGGACAAUGUGCCAAAACACUUUAACAUUCCACUUAGAGACUGAUGGCCCAUUCAAGUUAGGGGGGAAUGUCAGAACACAUCUAGCACCACAGUGAUAGGUCGUGAGAGUUUGCCUGUGACCAGAGUGUCUCGUGUGGGUUUCGAUCGAUUCAGACAGGUUAAAGACUAGAAAGUCAUUUCCAGCUAGCAGACUGAAACGUUUUCUCACACACUAUAUAUAAUGCUAAUGAUUUGCUGCCUAUAGGUGUCCAAUUACUGAGCUCUUUAUAUUGAAUUAGCUGAGUCACCGAUCCCUGUAUUGAGUUGUUUGCAUUUCAUUGGCUUUAUUUUUUUUGAGUUCCAAAAUGUUUAGCAGAUAAAAAAUUUGAAUGGGCAAAGUGCAAUGGUUAUAUACUGAAUUUAUAUAACCAUACAAUUUAAUCUCUAUUUCUGUUUAUGUGCUUUGUUAAAUAAUUUGUUACUGCCUUAAUAUAGCUGUUUGUCCUUUUUAUUUAGUAAUGGUUUACAAAGGUCAAAAACCACAGAGAGGAACCUCCCACCUCCCACAACGACACAUUUGUAAAGCAUGGACAUCUCAGUAAACACAGAAGGCUGCUAUGCAUUUACUGGCUUGCUUGCUUACUUGCUGUGAUUUGUAGCCCUGUACAGGAUUUGGAUAAACAGCUGUCAACACUGUCCUAUUGAGUGUAGAGACACGUUAGACAGCCCUCUGUCAAAGUAUGUCAAAUCUGCUUUCUUUCUCAUUGUGACAGAAACAGAGCUGCUACUGCGAGAUCAUCAGAUACGAAAGCUAGGUGUUUCUCUGACAUCAUCAGAUAUGAAAGCUAGGUGUUUCUCUGACAUCAUCAGAUACGAAAGCUAGGUGUUUCUCUGACAUCAUCAGAUACGAAAGCUAGGUGUUCUUGUGACAUCAUCAGAUAGGUUUUAUGUCGUUUUUGUUAUAAUGAGUAAUCUGGAUUUUGUCUUUCCAGUACAGUUAAAACAGGGGACUGGUUAAGCAGCAUCCUUCUGAUAUUCAGGAAACUUUCAGCUUUCAUUUUGUAGCUAAAGUUGAUAAAAACAGUACUUGUUUCAUAUCAUGGAUAUUUUCACAAGAGACACAUUACAUUGGGUUGGAGAAAGUAUUGUUAGCAGAACAGCUUUUAAGUAUCCUGUGUCAGAAAGAAUAAACGUAUUGUUCAAAGUGCCCGUGUUUUCAAUGACAUGUAUUUAUUAUUAUUUUUUUAAUUGUCUGAUUUUAUUGUACAUUUUCAGUGUCUCUGUAUCCUGCUGUUUGUGAAUUGUACUGUAAUUUA